AGAGGAGAAUGCAGGUUCGUGUAACUGCCUGGAUCAACGCGGAAACUGCAUGCUUUGGUGAAGAUCUCUGCUGUAUGAAAAUACUGUAGAAAGAGGGCAAGACUGAGUGCAUGGACCAGCAUGCAGACUAGAACAAAAUGUACACAAGUGUGCGAGGCAUGGAGCCUUCACUGCAGCUGGUGUCUAAAUAUCAAACCCCUUAUUAAUCAUUGUCUUUUUAAAUGUUGAAUUUCUCAUUGGAAACCUGGUACAGCUCUCUAACAUGUCCGUGUGAUCAUCCUGAGUGAUAACCAGACAUUUUUAUUGUUUUGCAACAGCUGGCGAAGCAAAGAGGAAGCACGUGCAAUGUCAGUGUGUACCGUGGGGUGUGUGCACUAACCAGCUAAUGUGGCUAACAACACAAGUGAUAGGAAAUCAAAAAAGCACAUUGAUUAUGAAACACACCGAUUAAACUUACCUGUGAGGGGGUCAUGUCACUCCGGUUCCGCCUCCACAGUCGCAGCAGUUGUGUUGAACUCAUACGGCCUCUUCUGCUGCUGCUGCUGCUGCAAGGUGGGUCAAAGCUUCCGUCCAUUACUGCUGCGAACAAACAUGGUCUGAGGUGAAAGGUCAUAGGUAAAUUUCAUAACAUUCCACCGUAAUUAAGACCAGGAAUUAUCCCGAGGUGAAACAAAGUUGUGCAAUCUGUAAACAGUUUCCCACCAAGGAUGAAUUUGGGACAGUUUGUUAACUUAGCAAGAGGUUUAAUGUAUUUGACGAUAGUGUUGCAUUCAGGGUCCCAGUUCUAGCGUAGGAAUUUAGAGGGAAACUCAACAACCACAACGUUAAAUGAUUUUUUGUUGCGUUGUGUCUGUGAUAUAUGUAAACUGCCUGUGAAACUUUCAGAUUAUCACCAACAAGUUCUCCUUUACUGGAAUAUACCCUUGUGGAAUAAUAGAUAUAUCCUGACCAAUCAUAAAUCUUUGUUUUGGGGGACCUGUGGUGUGUCCCAAAUCUCAUACUUCCAUACUAAAUACUUAAGAUUUUGACUUUACUCAACUCAAAAUGGAAAAAAGUAUGGAUAGUAUGCAAAAAUUGAGUAUGCAAAAGUACCCGGAUGACGUACUCAAAUCGGUCAAGAUUUUGAGUAUGCGACUGUGGACACUCACCCGCACUCAUUUCAUCGGUAAGAAUGGCAGUGGAGUUGCCUUUUACACAUGUUCUUUCCACCAAGCACAGUCAUUUUGUGUUUAUUAAAAGAAGUAGUUAAAAAUAAAGAUUUUUGUUUGUUUGAACUGAUGUUAAUGAGACAUUUGCCUGGAACUACAAAUUAUGGCCAGAAAAUUCUUUUUUUUUUUUUUUUUUUUUGGAGCUGAAAUGUUUAUUUCACUUACUACUGAAAAACAAUAAAACUAAAAUGUCCUUAAAAUUUAACAAACAGCUUGUUUAUCUUGUUUGAUACGUUAGAUGUUUUUGGAAACUGAUAGACCACAAUUUUAUCAUUUAUUGGACUGUGUUCUCGUGUUUUUUUUUUUUUUUUUUUUUGUUAUUUCUUGAUCAUAUUAAUUUGAUAGAAGUACCAUAAAAGUAUGUAUCAAAUAUGGCCUACCAGUUAAAGAGCUACCAGUUUAACUAGAUUGGAUUUGUGUAAUAAGUUUUCUGAAGACGGGGGGAGCCUGAAGGCAGCACGGCUGCAACCGUACUGUCACGUGGGAUGUCAUACGACGGCACUUUUAAAGGCCCAGUCGGCCCUAAACAUGUACAGUCAUGUUCUCAAAUUUAUCUUUCCAGGGAACUAAAAAAAAUCAUUAAGUGAAAAAGACAAAGUCAAAUUAAAGUUAAACCGUGAUAUUUUUCUUAUUAAAUAAAACAAGUGAACUGGACUUGUACUCAUUUAACCUUUUGAAUGUGGAGGCCAUGGUAUCAGUCACUCAACUAAAGCCACUCUGCUUCUCUAACAUCUUUACUUCAAUAUCUGUUUGGUAAAACAACAAAAUAGCCCAUGUAAAACCCAAACAGAUUUCUACUGAGUUUGCAAACUCUUUAAAUUAUAGUUUAUUUUCUCAUUUUGUGUACUAGUUUCUACUUUUGUGUACCAACUGUCAACAAAAAGUAAACAGACUACUGGAACAUGGCUAAAAGUUGCACCAGUUGUUUUGUGGACGUAUUCUCCUGCUUUAUAAAAAUGUAUACGAUGAUUUAAAACAUUUUUUGGAGAGAAAAUCGUCAUAAAGGAACGUCAUUUAGCGAAGAUGGACAUAACGGUUGCCUAGUAACGCAGACGUUCUCGAACGACUGGUCGAUUUCCUGUAUGAGUGACGGUCGAACCGAUUACCUCUUUGACCGAGUUUGUUUCGAUAAAGCGCAUUUUUGUAUGUUUUUUCUUUGAUUUGUGGGGUUUAUCGAUGAAUAGGCGUGACCGUGGAAGCCCGUGUUCGCAUUGGUCAGCUCAGUCGGGGCAGUGCGGCGGUGAGAUCGGGUCGUGUUGAUUUCAGAAGUCAUCAUGGCGCUCGCUUCUCCACUCAAAGGUAAAGAGGUGUCUUCUGCUAACCUUAACUAGGAAGUCUGCAUCCCACCGACCUCUUCAUCCUUACAGUCAGGAAUCGAUUGAAAAACACGUUCCUCUCCUUGAAAGCAGCUGUCGUUCGCUUUUUGUGAAUAUUACAUGAAGUGUGCCGGCGUUAAACUGGAAAAGCUAACAUUAGCUAGCUUGUAGUGUUUGCUCUUCGACCAAACUAGUACCGUUUAAUAAGCUAACAUCGCACUCUGAUGGUGUCUUUGUUCUUUAAGUGUCACGGCUUCUCCGUUAUUCCAACUGAACGUAUUUUGUGUAAUUACAUUGCUAUUUUGUUAUCUCCUCACGACGUGCAGCCAAAAGCACGAUAAGUAGUUAGUUAGCCAGAGUGCGCUUUACGAUAAGGAGCAGUGUUAGCAGCAACACGAACAGAUGGGGAAUAUGCAGAGGAGAGUUUAUGUAGAAGAACAAAGCAGACUGUCAUCACAGGGUAUGGAUUUAGAGGAAUAUAACAAAGCACAUCGUGUUAAAUAAGACAACAAUUGCUCAGUCUGUUAAAGUGUAAUUUUAGGCCACCAUGACAGUCGCAUUGUCUGGUGGGGCAAACAUGGAAAGCAUCCCUAUAACUGACAUUUACCAUUGCACACUGUUUCUCGUGGGAAUAAUGGAAAACCUACCUCCAUUGGUAUUAUGUGUUAUUGUAUUUGUAAAUAAAGACAUUGUUUUUUUUUAAUAUUUGUGUGCACAGAGCAAAGAUUAUGCAAGUCACAUUCAUUGUAUGCCCUCUAAAUUAACAAAAGAAGCAGAUUAUUAGGAGCACCUGUCAGUAUAAUGCACUCCAGUAUGUCCUUAACACCCACUACUACUUAAAACAACUAAUUCAAAGUCAUUUAUCACCUGCCUGAUCAUGUCAUCAAAACCUGAAAAUGUAGAAGCUUUAUAAACAGAAUUAAUGGUUGGUGGUGCUUGUUGUUGUUGUCGCGCCAAGGUGUACCUAAUGUUUUGGCAGGUGGAUGUUCAGUUCUGCCUGACUGGCAUUAAGGCGUUUGCAUACAGUUAUUUAGGUGGACACAAGCUGAUUAUAUCAUCUCAGUAAGGAGAGAAAAAUCAUGAAUUAGAGAUGCACCGAUCCAUUUUUUUCUGAUCCAAUCCGAUACCGAUACCAGGGCUGAGCGUAUCGGCCAAUAUCUGAUACCGAAUUUGUCAAUAUCGGAGCCGAUAGCCGAUCCAGAUAUCGGAUCAGUGCAUCCCUAAUCUGUUUACAGGAGAGAUCAGCAAGCUGUACUUAUGUGACCAUGGGGAGCCCAUUUUAAGCUUGAUUUUGAAAUGUAUGAAUUGACACCUGCAUGUCAUUAACCUUAAUGAGUUUGCAUUUGCUUUAUUGACUCAUGAUCAUGAUUAUGACAUAACGUUAUGACUUGCGCAACGUAAGCAGGGUGAUAUAACUGUUGGCAGAUAAAAGCUUCAGAAGUGAAUUACAUGUUAGGGCACAUACAAAGUAACUGCUAAUAUUUACUUUAAUUAUCUGCACAUAAUGCAGCGUACAAGUAUCAACAUCAAGCUUCAGCAUGUCAGCAAGAAACAGACAGCCAAAUAAGCCUAUUGCAAUGCUUUAAAGUACAAGAGAUGUUAAAAAAAGAGCAAAACAAGACUCCUUUAAGACCACCAAUUUACCUGAUCGACUCAAGAACUGUCCCCCUGAAACACCUGCAGUUUAUAAAAAAGCGAAAACAAUAAAGCAACAACCUGUCAGCAGCCCUUAUUUUAAUCAUCCAGCAAAGGAAAUGUAGAAGCAACCACUGUAAGGUGAAAGAACCUGGAAGAAUCAUUAAAUCUAUUUCUUUUGAUAACCAGCUGGAUUAAACAUGCUUCUGCAGGCAGUGAUGAUUCUGGAUCAACCGAAAUCAGUCCAUUUUUUUGGCAUAUCAGAUAUCAGCAAAAACUCAUGCAUCAUGCAUACAGAAUAAUUUGAGUAACAAAUAUGUUGUUUAGUUGAGAGUACAAAAACUGCCUCACAACUGGUCCUAAAAUGAUGUUAAAUAUAAUUUCUAUAUGCAACAACAUAAUCCUCUUGCUGCUGUCCCCACCGAUGGUGCACAUACUCAGAGGAAAUGCCGUGCAGAUGAAACAGAUAUAAAAACAACUCUCACUCAUACUGGUUAAUUAUCUGAUUUGAAGAAAAUACACCAAACUAGGUCUGCUGAGUGUUUGUCCUUUCCUUAAGUCAGCGUGAGGGCCCUGACCUUCUCCUCUGUAUACUCCACUGAUUGAUUUCAAGCCUUAAUGAUUGUUCUCGAUGGUAUUCCCCUCCUUUCUAUUCACAUGUCGAGUGUGUGGACGUCUAAACUGCAGAAAAAAAGCUUUAUAAAGACUAAAUCCAGUAUGUUCUUAGUAGCUUUAGUCCGAUAGUGAUCCAGAGUGUGGCUUUCAAGCUGGUAACUUGAGUGCAAAAGUUACAACAUGAUGUCCUGUUGUGAGACCGGUGAGCUGUAGUGUGCCAAGAAACCUCACUACAUAAGGGCUGUGCACUUUCUGAACUUUGUGUUGUGAGUCUAAAAGGAGAGUUUCACUAAUGUGAAGCAGUUACAACCAAAAUUUAUCAAUCUGACACUGUAAGUAUCAUGGUGGACAGAUAUGGCAGCGACAGAAACCCUGAGGUGACCACAUCCUGUGUGGGCUCACUUUACGACUCUUUACUGCAAUAAUACAAUGUAAAAUUCUGCUUCUCAUGACUACAAUCACUAAUCUGCUUAAAAUAAGUCAUGCGUCUUGGUAUGUUAUGAGGCAACUGUAUGGAUAAGGUACGUGCACAGACUGCAUGGUAAAAUGGAGGUCCAACAGAGACUUCUUUCUGAGGAAAAUGAGAACGUUCCAUGUUUCUAAUGAGAUGAUGACUAUCCUUCAUAGAAGUUUUAUUGAAUCUGUUUUGUACUGUGGCAUGGUUUGGAAACCUGAACCUGUCCAAUAAGAAUCAUCUUGGUUCUCUUGUUGAAACUGCUGGUAAGAUCUCUGGAAAUCAGCAGGCUGGGGUUUUGUCUCUCUACAACAACAGACAGGUCUUGAGGAAGGCAAAUGCCAUUCUGGGUUGUCCCAAUCAUCCACUUCGAUGCGAGUUUGAGCUUUUACCUUCAGGCCGUCGUUUUAGGGCCCCUAUGAGGAGGACUAAAAGAUUUCAGGUCUCUUUUAUCCCACGUGAAAUUUAUGCUCAUUAUUGCUCAUUUGCGCACAUUGCACUUUUAAUUACUUGGUAGAAGUUUUUUUUAGGGCUGCAACUAACGAUUAUUUUGAUAAUCGAUUAAUCUGCCGACUAUUUUAAUAACUAAUCGAUUAAUCGGAUAAACAGGCUAAAUUCAUCAAUGCAGCUGUUAAUAGCAAUAGAAUAGGGCUUUAGUUUAUCGUAUGAGUUUAUCUGCCAUGAGGUGUUGAGGUCUCUGCAUGUGUAGGUUACUGACUUACUGUAAUCAUGGGGUCUAUCUCGUCCUUAUAAAAACCUGCUCUAUUACGGCGAGUGUCUGUCUUCUUCUGUAGUCAAACCGCAAGAUAUCAAAACCUACCCGGAUAAAGCAAUGCUGCUUUUUGAUUGGCUGUUCAGUAGAUAUACUUUAUUUGAUUGGCUUGCGCGUGGCACGCAGCUUCUGAACUCUCGGAGGAACUCAGUUGAUUUCCCCCUGUUCCAUAGUUAAAGAAGUGCAACAUGGUGGACAUCACCGUGUUCAUUUAAAUGCGUGAGAAAUACAAUGUGUGGUGUGUGAGCGUGUGAACGACUGGGAAUGCGUGUGUCAUACGCUGAAUGCGUGAGACUUGAGAGCCCUGUGCUCACGCAUUCAUCGAUAGACUCCCGUGCCAUGCAAAACGGUCUUUGCAAAUGUUGCACUGAACGCCUUCCUUUUCAGUCUUGGUAAAGUUUUCCCACACCACUGAUGUUUUAGGUUGGGAUUUGGGUUGGGUUGUGUCCAUGUUUUUCUCAGCCGCUGCCUUGGCCAUGGCUGUUUCUUUUCUGUGCGUCCUGCUGAUGUUUACACGCCGGUGUCCAUGAACAUAUAUAAAGACCCGACGAAUCGAUUACAGAAUUAGUUGGCAACGAAUUUUUUCGUCACGACGAAUCGACUUAAUCGAUUCGUUGUUGCAGCCUUAGUUUUUUUCCAUUUUUGGUCUGAGCUCUGGACUGAAUUUUAGGUGGUUUUGUGUAUGUGUUUCUGAUAUUGUGUUGUGAUGUUUUUAAUUGUUUUAUGUUUUUAAAAUUUAUGUUGUCAUUGCACACUUGUCUUUUGUGAGCCCUGCUGCAAAACUAACUUCCCUUUAUGGGACAAUAAAGAGAUUCUGAUUCUGAUUCCUGCCUGCACUUACGUUUUUACACCUUACUUUUUCAUGAAGCUGUUCCUGCUGGGUAAAUGUUGAAAGACAGGCCAGGCUUGAUACACACAGAAUAAACCAGAUGAACCUGCAAAGCAAAUGAAGUUAUGAUCAAAACAAUUAUGAGAUGAUAACAUCUGGAAGUCUCAUGCCCUUGGAACAAGCAUGCUGCACCUGCCUAUGUAUGUGCUGAUAAAUGUUCUUUGUUUAACCCCGCAGAGCACCCGUACAGACAUCUAAUUGACACAUUCAAAGAUGGGAGCAUCAGAUUCUACAAUCCAGAUAAAUUAAAUGAUCCAAGAUAUGGUGAGUAAAAGAGAGUAAGACCCUUUUUCAGGCAUCUUGUAGUAUAUUAUGUUCACUUCUUCAAGAGAAGCUGUAUAUAACAUUUCUUUUUACUCUUCAUAGACAAGCUGCCUCUGUCCAUACGUGUCUUACUGGAGACGACGAUUCGAAACUGUGAUGGCUUUUACACAAAAGAAGAAGACGUCCAGAACAUCCUGGACUGGCAGAAGCAGCAGAAAAAAGCCGAGGUGCCGUUCUCUCCAGCCCGGGUCCUCCUCCAGGACUUCACGUGAGUUUUUAACAUUUAUGAAGACAGCUCGUGUUCUGUCAUCGUGACUUGUUUUGUUCCCUGAAAAGCACAAGUUAUAAGUACAUGACUUAUUAAGAAUCUCAAGCUUUUCCUGUUGGCUCUCUCUCUUGGUUCCCUCAUCACAGUGGUAUUCCUGCCAUGGUGGACCUGGCUGCCAUGAGGGAUGCUGUUGCCAAACAUGGCGUCGACCCCGGCCUGGUCAAUCCUAAAUGUCACACAGACCUCAUCGUAGACCACUCUUUACAGAUUGAUUAUAGCAAAUGGUAUGUUUCCCUUUAUACACCUUCAAAUAACAGAGGACAAUGGCGUAGUGACAGUCAUAGUGGAUGUUUUUCAUAUCUUAGUUCCUAAAAAGCCAAAUUAUUCAAAGUUUCUCAUGAGUCCUCAUUAGUUUUGUCAUGUAACCUUCACUCCAUUCAUCUACAGUGCCAUACAGAAUGCUCCAAACCCAGGAGGAGGAGGAGGAGGAGAAGGCACAAACCAGGGUCCCUCUCGUCCCUCCUCUCGACCUCCGUCCAGAGGAGGCUCGCAGUGUGGGAGCCAGCGGGGCUCCUGUAGUAAAGCCACCUGCAGUGACCCACCAGCCUCCCCGGGUCGACCUCCAGCCUCUGUCCAGCAGAUCGAGAAUACUCCUCUGCUCUGUCCUUUCCACCUUAAACCCGUCUCUGAGUGAGUUUGACAAUAAGCUGUUUAUUUAUGAUACUGCAGAGACAAGAUAGUUCAAAAUAUUUGUGUUAUUUUUGAUUCUGGAAAGAUGAUUAAAAUCUGAGGGGGUCGAGUAAACCUUUUUGUGAGGUUACAGCUUUUAAAUAUUUUCUUUCAAGAUUUGACUGAGGAGUUCAUGAAUAAAAUAGAAAUCUAGGACACAUCAGUAUCAGACAUGCACAGCUCAGAUAACACACAGAGUUCCUCUUGACUCAUUUUCUUGUUGAUUUUUCUGCAGAACUGACACAGCUCUGAAGAACCAGGAGAUGGAACUUAUCAGAAACAAAGAGAGACUUCAGUUCUUUAAGGUACAGAAAAAACUAUCUCUCUUUAGGGAGGAUGCACUUGGUUAAUUUAACAAAUCUCUACUGUUUUUUUCCCUUUUGGGUUUGAGAUUGUUGAAGAAAAUGAUCCCAUGUGGUACCUGCAGCCUCAGUAGUCUGUCAUCCCUGUUGUUUCUCCUUUAGCCGUGAAGCACUGUAGACAGCAUGUGUUCAUGUAAGACAGGUGCUUUCUAAAUAAAGCUGAGCUAUAAAUAAGUGAAACAUCUGAAAAGAAAAGUUAAAACAUCACAGUGUCUGUGAAGAAACACUGAAUGAGACGUAAAUCGAUUUUCUUCUGUGACUGACUCGUCUCUCUCUUUGCCUCUUUCGAACAGUGGUGUUCAAAAGCCUUUAAAAAUGUGAACGUCGUCCCCCCGGACGUUGGCGCGGUCCACCAAGUGAAUCUGGAGUACCUGUCCAGAGUGAUCCAACUCAGCGAUGGUUUCAUCUACCCGGACAGUGUGGUGGGAACCGACUCACACACCACCAUGAUCAACGGCCUCGGCAUCCUGGGCUGGGGUGAAUAUUUUCAAAGUUCUGACCACACACUGACAUGUACUGCAUGUUUAAAAGUUCCCUAAUGGACUCUGAAUAUAGAGGUUACUGUUAGGUUAAAAGUUAAGAGGAGUAGGAGUGGAUUUGUUUGUUUGUUUGUUUGUUUGUUUGUUUGUUUGUUCAACUGUUAUAUUUUACUCCAUCAGGUGUCGGUGGAAUCGAGUGUGAGGCGGUGAUGCUCGGCCAGCCGGUGUCUCUGACUCUUCCUGAGGUGGUGGGCUGUAAACUCGUGGGCUCGAUAAAUCCUCUAACAACAUCCAUAGACAUCGUCCUCGGCAUCACAAAGGUAACUCACCGCUUCAUCGAUCGAACCCUAACCCUGCCUUUUGACGCACACUGAUACAUCCUGCACUUUGGUUUUCCAGCACUUACGUCAAGCUGGGAUCGCUGGAAAGUUUGUAGAGUUUUUUGGACCUGGUGUCUCCCAGUUAUCGGCCCCUGACCGAACGACUAUCGCCAACAUGUGCCCGGAGUACAACGCUACUGUGAGCUUCUUCCCCGUCGACCAAGUCACACUAAAGCACUUUAAAAAGACAAGUGAGUCUUCUUCUUUUUGACAGUCGUGCACUCAGUUAUUCCUGCUGUGUGCCCGUUUUUCUGAAUAUCGAUUUUCUUGAGAUAACUCCGAUCAGCUUUGGUUUACGUUUCACUUUUUUUCCUCCCAGACUUUACACAGGAAAAACUUGAAUUGCUGGAGUCGUACAUGAAGGCUGUAAAACUUUUCAGAAGCUAUGAGGACCCUUCAGAAGACCCUGAUUACUCUGAGGUAACGUGUCAAAGCUCUCUCAAAGUCCAAAAGAACCAAUGACAGAUGGUAAAUGGAAUUUUAAAGCUUCUUUUACUGUGAAAGUUUGGUUGCGAGGCGUUCAGUAGUAACAGAGCUGAAUAAAGAAAAAUCUAUCUGUCUUCAGGUGAUAGAGAUUAACCUGAGCUCCAUGGUGCCCUAUGUGAGUGGACCCAAGCGGCCUCAGGACAGAGUGGCGGUCAGCAGCAUGAAAGAAGACUUCCAGAGCUGUCUGGAUGAGAAGGUAACGAACAAAAACAGUCAUAAAUUCAACCCUGUCAUGUAUUCAGGAUUCUGAUCAAAUGUAGGAGUCGGUGUCGAUGCUGGUGACGCAUUGUCUGCAUUUUUUGUGACCUGAUACAUCUGAGUGAUAAACGAUCUCAUGAGUAGUCUGUUUUCUUGCAGGUCGGCUUCAAAGGCUUCCACAUCUCUAAGGAGAAGCAGGUCAUGCAGGUCCCUUUCCAGCACUGUGGUCAGGAGUAUCAGCUGGCACACGGCUCGGUAGUCAUCGCCGCCGUCAUCAGCUGCACCAACAACUGCAACCCGGCUGUCAUGCUGACUGCAGGUAUGUACCAGAGACACAUUAGUAGUGCUUUUAUUUUCAUGCAGAUUUGUUCAGACUUGCCUCAUGAAUUCAGUCAUCUAGAAGAAAUUUGACACAUUAAAAGUUGAGGUUGUAAAUUCCUCUUGACUCUAGGAUAUCCUCGUAUUGUUAACCUAAUCAUGUCUGCAGUUUCACGCCCUGUAUUCUGUGAUCCGUGCCUCACAAAGCAGCAGAUUUGGUUAAGCUGUUUAAUAAAUACAUAAAAAUGACAGCUGUUUUUGUGAUUGACAGGUCUGUUAGCGAAGAAGGCUGUGGAGGCGGGGCUUGUUGUAAAGCCUUAUAUCAGGACCAGCCUGGCGCCUGGAAGUGGCAUGGUCACUCACUACCUCAGUACAAGUGGAGUCCUGCCUUACUUUAACCAGCUUGGGUAAGCAUGUUUACACAGUGACACACAAAAACACACACAUACACACACAGCCCGAGGCGGUGACCUGAGUAGACUCUGGUGUCGUGUUUCACUGUAGAGAGCGUAACUGACAAAGUUAGUAAGGCGCACUAUGCAUUAACGUGUCUGUGUUCACACAUGCGAUUGUCAUUAUCUGAGUCAGUCUCGUUGCUGUUACCGGUCCUCGGCUGUUCAGUGAUGAUUCCAGACGACAGUUACCGUAAUGCUCCAAAUAUCCAUCCAUCAGAGCGGUUUUGUUGCUUACCGAAGUCGUACUUACACAUUUCGAAAUAUUUUUGAGCGCAUUGUACCACAUAAAGUCGGACAGUAAGCACAACAAGGAAUCAUACAUGAGGUGCACUGUCAAUUUUUGCAUAAAUUUAAGGAUUUUAAGUGCGCCUUAUAGUCCGAAAAUACGGUACGUUGUCAUCCUGUGUGACACAAAACUACGACUGACUGGUUUGAUUUUUCUUUCAGCUUUGAGGUGAUCGGUUACGGCUGUGCCACCUGCGUGGGGAACACGGCUCCGUUACCUGAAGCUGUAGUGGACGCUAUCAAACAGGUAAAGUAAGACCACGUCAUGCUGCGCCUGUAAAUCUGUGAAAAAUGUACGUCUUCCUGUGAUCAUAACUGGAUGAUUCUGCCGUGUUUCAGGGGGACCUGGUGGCCUGCGGUGUGUUAUCUGGUAACAGACACUUUGAAGGGCGUCUGUGUGAUUGUGUGCGUGCCAACUACCUGGCCUCUCCCCCGCUGGUGGUGGCUUACGCUCUCGCCGGGACGGUGGGAAUCGACUUUGAGAAAGAGCCUCUGGGUGAGAAGACGUCAAAGAUAGAAGAUAAAAUAGAGUUGGCUGAUCAGAGUGAUUGAACACUUGGUAUUCCAGUGUUGGUGCAGACAAAUCUUAACAUGAUAGAAGUUUACAGAGUUGUGUUUUACUGCUCUAUCUCUUUUUUGUGUUUUUGGUGCAGGCCUGACCUCAGAGGGGAAGGAGGUGUACCUGCGUGAUGUCUGGCCGUCCAGGGAGGAGGUCCAGCAGACUGAAGAGGACACAGUCAUCUCCACUAUUUUUAAAGAUCUCAGGGGAAGGAUGAAGGUAAGGAUUCCUCCUCUCUCUCUUUCCUCUGAGUGUGUUCGUAGUCGAGUGAAUUGAUGGUGUAACUUGAAUGUCCUCCCCACUGUGUUUUCUCCAGCAAGGGAACUCAUUUUGGAACAACAUUGAAUGUUCAGACUCAGUGCUUUUCCCGUGGGAUCACAAGUCCACAUAUAUCCGCUCACCAUCUUUCUUCAGCAAGUUGGUAAGUCUUCGUCUAUUGACAGUGUCUCCUGAUGUCACAUAAUUAAAAGUGAGCAAACAAAACACAAACUGCAGCUGUUCAAACAAUAAGGUUGUUUUUUUCUCCCUCUCUGUCUCAGAGUAAAGAAGUGCCACCUCCUCAGUCUGUAGAAAACGCUCAUGUCUUACUGUUCCUCGGCGACAAAGUGACCACAGAUCACAUCUCACCUGCGGGCAGCAUCGCCCGGGUCAGCGCCGCUGCCAAGUACCUGCUGAGCAAACGGUUAGUGUCACAGAACACAGAUAUGAAGACAAGGAGGCUGAGACAGAGUAUAAGACACCAAGUCUGGAGAAUAUGUGACUCUAACUGAUGCAUGGAUGAACACAUAGAGCAGGGGAAAGCAGGCGUUGUCUGGUAGCGUAAUGUCUGUCCAAAAGCUUGAUGUAGUGUUCAGGACACCACCUGGAAGGAUGGCUGUUUGUCUGAGAUUGUGAGCAGGUGGUCCCCCCUGUUUUCGGAGCAGAGUCUGCUGCAUCCAUGAUUUCCAAAAAGAAAGUCCUGUUUUGAUCAGUCAGACCACAGAACAGUUUUCUCCUCCGUCCCAGAAGUCGCCAAAGUUUCUGGAUCAUGUUCAGUUUCAAUACUUGAUUCAUUUUGAUUGAAUUCUGUUUAUUUCGAAUAUUAAAGAGAAAGUAAAUAAAAACAAAACAAUUAAAAUAAUUUUUAAAAAAGUAUAUAUUUGAAAUGAGUGGGAAGAAGUAAUACUUCUAAGCUCCCACCCCUUCUCCUUAAAUAACUUGCAACAAUCUUCUGCCUUAUUGACCUGUCUAGACACUCAUGCUGUAGUCACCACUAGAUUAAUUAUACACUUGUGGAGACAAGUCCUAUCCAUACGCAUACAUACAUACAUACAAACAUUUAUGCACAACACAGUAAACCCUUUAACACAUUGUGCUACCUACACCUCCCUCAUCCCUGUAGCUCCUGAAAAUAGUGUCUUUAUACUUCAUUUUAAACUGCUUCAAGUUUUGACAAUGCUUCAACUCUGUUUGUUCUAAAGUCUCACCCCGCUGACUGAAACACAAAAACGUUUCUUGUUUGUACGAAAUACGUUUAAAUUAGAGUUACUCUUUCCCCUUAAAUUACAGAUCCCCUCAUGAAUACUAAAUAAUUUCUGUGUAUUUCUUUGUAAUAGAUUAUUUUUAGCUUUAAACAUUAUUUGAGCUGUUUGAUGGUCCACAAUGUCUGUAAAUUUUAGCAGUUUUAGUAAUGGAUCCAUAUUAUUUUACUCUGCAUUCAAACUGUGUUGGAAUUGAGGUUGCAUUAAGUAAACAAAGGGGUGUAAUUGUUGUUCCUGUUGGUUUGUUUACGCAGCAAAUAAUGCAAAUGUGCUCACCUCUAACUUUGAAUAUUUCCUUUUAGCCUGACACCGCGAGAGUUCAACUCGUACGGCGCCCGCAGAGGAAACGACGCAGUGAUGACGAGGGGCACAUUCGCCAGCACCAAGCUCCAAAACCGUUUUAUUGGCAAAGCAGGCCCCAAGACUGGGCACAUUCCUUCAGGCCAGACAGUGAGUGUGACCCCCUGGAGGUGGAUUUAUCAGCAAAGUUCUAUCCUGCUGCAUAAAUGUGACCUUCAGUCUGUGUGGUAUCAUGUGUCUCGAGCACGUUUAAUCCAGACUAGCCGGUUUGUUAUGUGUGUUAUCAGACCUUCUGCUAAUGACACAUCCUUUCCUUUGUUUGUGCGAUCAGCUGGACGUCUUCGAGGCAGCUGAUCGCUACCAGAGAGACGGCAUUCCCCUUAUCAUCCUCGCAGGAAAAGACUACGGCUCUGGAAACUCCAGAGACUGGGUCGCCAAAGGACCAUAUCUGCUGGUAAACGCUCACACAGGAAAAUUCCAAUCAUAAUUUUCACCUCCAGAAAAAAAAAAGACUAAAUGGGUGUUUUUUUGGUUAACCAGGGGGUACGUGCAGUCAUCGCCGAGAGCUUUGAGAAGCUGCAUAAAAACCAGCUGGUGGGAAUGGGCAUCAUGCCGCUGGAGUUCCUGCCGGGUCAGAACGCAGACUCUCUGGAGCUCACAGGGAAGGAGAGGUUCACCAUCACUCUGCCAGAGAGUCUGAGUCCUAGGCAGCAGCUCAGCGUUAAGGUAGAAAAAGUGCAGAUGCUGCUUUUGUACAAGUUUGGGUCUUUAAUCUGCUCACCUUUUUGAAUCCUGAAUUUUUUUGUGUGUGUUUUCUUUUAGACAAGCCAAGGAAAGUCCUUCCUGGUCACCGCACUGUUUGACACAGAGACAGACGUUAUAUUUUUCAGACACGGAGGCCUCCUUAAAUACGUGGCUCGGACUUUGCUCUGAAACAGCCUCUGAAUGUGCCCUCAAAAGCAUCAACAACAGCAGCACUCAUUAUUUCACCGGUUUGUCUUCAGCAUGGAUGAAAAAACAGCUAAAGCGGAGCAACACUGAGACGUCAGUUUUUGGACCCGUAGCUAAGCAGCUUCUCCGUCACUCACCACACACACGGCUGGUUCAGGAUUUCUCCUCGCAGGACAGACUAAAGAGGCCCAGGAGGAACCGGUGACGUCGGCUCUACAAGGACAUUCAUUCAAGCGUGGGCGACUCUUCAACAGUGUUCUUGUGUUUUAUGGUUGGAGAGGGAAAAACUCUUUCUGCGUCUGUCUUCGAUGAACUCCAAAACACUUCUGCCUAGUGAGGCUAACAUGGUGCUAGGUACUACAGCAUGAAUUCUCUGUUUUUAGGAUGCAGUGACGCCUGUUUUCCAAAACAUCCGAGUUUAACUUCAUGAACUUCAAACAUUUGCAGGAUUGAUGUCAGCUUACUGUGGCCAAAACAAUCAUGUGUAAAUUGUGUUUUUUUGUUAAUAUUUCUUUAAUCAAAUGGCCUUCUGCAAAGUACAUACGUCUCAAUACACUCAUGUUUUUCUUACGUGCAAAUGUGAAGUCUUUUUUUUUUUUUUUUUUUUUGCUGUUGUAUCAAAAAGCUCAAAGAUGUCUCCUAUAACAAUGGAGGGUCUCCUGCAUCACAUUAAAGCUCAGUUACAAAAGUUU